AUGCAUUCAGAACGUCUCUUUGUUGGGCUAGUGCUUCCCUCUCUCUCUCUCUCUCUCUCUCUCUCUCUCUCUCUCUCUCUCUCUGUAAUAAUGACUCACAGGAAUAUAAGAAAAAGGUCAGAGUUAAGUCCGGGCUCAACGGAUUUGAACCAGGGAAUGUCCCUUAAUAACCAUCACGCAAUAAGAAAGAACAGGAAGUUACAGUUUGGAAAUCUGAUGCUCAUAUCAAUGCUACUGUUUCUCUUUGUUCUUUCUGUUUUAGUUUACUUUUAUUUAUUUCUUCCUUUCUCUUGUUUUUGUUCUUGUUUUUCUUCUUCCUCUUCUUCUUCUUCUUCUUCUUCUUUUACUUUAUACGUCUUCUUCGUUCUCGCCUCUUCGUUAUUCUCUUUUCUUCUUCUUCUUCUCCUUCUUCUUUUACUUUAUACGUCUUCUUCGUUCUCGCCUCUUCUUUAUUCUCUUUUCUUCUUCUUCUUCUUCUUCUUCUUCUUCUUCUUCUUUUGCUUUAUACGUCUUCUUCGUUCUCGCCUCUUCGUUAUUCUCUUUUCUUCUUCUUCUUCUUUUUCUUUUUUCUUUAUACGUUUUCUUCGUUCUUGCCUUCUUUAUUCUUUUUCUUCUUCUUCUUCUUUUUAUUUUACGUUUCGUUCUUGCUUCUUCCUUAUUCUAUUUUCUUCUUCUUCUUCUUCUUCUUCUUCUUCUUCUUCUUCUUCUUCUCCUCCUCCUUCUUCUUUUACUUUAUACGUCUUCUUCGUUCUCGCCUCUUCUUUAUUCUCUUUUUUCUUCUUCUUCUUCUUCUUCUUCUUUUUUACUUUAUACGUCUUCUUCGUUCUCGCCUCUUCUUUAUUCUCUUUUUCUUCUUCUUCUUCUUCUUCUUUUCUUUUUUACUUUAUACGUCUUCUUCGUUCUCGCCUCUUCUUUAUUCUCUUUUCUUCUUCUUCUUCUUCUUCUUUUACUUUAUACGUCUUCUUCGUUCUCGCCUCUUCUUUAUUCUCUUUUCUUCUUCUUCUUCUUCUUCUUUUACUUUAUACGUCUUCUUCGUUCUCGCCUCUUCUUUAUUCUCUUUUCUUCUUCUUCUUCUUCUUCUUCUUCUCGCUUCUUUUUUAUUCUCUUUUUCUUCUUCUUCUUCUCGCCUUCUUCUUUUAUUUAUACGUCUUUUCGUUCUCUUCUUCUUUAUUCUUCUUCUUCUUCUUCUUCUUCUUCUUUCUUUUUACUUUAUACGUCUUCUUCGUUCUCGCCUCUUCUUUAUUCUCUUUUCUUCUUCUUCUUCUUCUUUUUCUCCUUCUUCUUUUACUUUAUACGUCUUCUUCGUUCUCGCCUCUUCUUUAUUCUCUUUUCUUCUUCUUCUUCUUCUUCUUUAUACGUCUUCUUCGUUCUCGCCUCUUCUUUAUUCUCUUUUCUUCUUCUUCUUCUUCUUCUUUAUACGUCUUCUUCAUUCUCGCCUCUUCUUUAUUCUCUUUUCUUCUUCUUCUUCUUCUUCUUCUUCUUCUUCUUCUUCUUUUACUUUAUACGUCUUCUUCGUUCUCGCCUCUUCUUUAUUCUCUUUUCUUCUUCUUCUUCUCCUUCUUCUUUUACUUUAUACGUCUUCUUCGUUCUCGCCUCUUCUUUAUUCUCUUUUCUUCUUCUUCUUCUUUUACUUUAUACGUCUUCUUCGUUCUCGCCUCUUCUUUAUUCUCUUUUCUUCUUCUUCUUCUUCUUCUUUAUACGUCUUCUUCGUUCUCGCCUCUUCUUUAUUCUCUUUUCUUCUUCUUCUUCUUCUUCUUCUUUAUACGUCUUCUUCGAACUUCUCUGUGCGUGACAAUCACAGCCUUUCACACUAGACCAACCAAUCGCCUGUGUCGCAGCAAAUCUUACUCUCUACCAAAUUCCAACCAAUAUAUAUCCCCUUCACUCUCUUAUGCUCUCUCUCUCUCUCUUUCUCCUCUCUCCUUCUCCUCUUUCUUUCUCUUCUCUCUUUCUCUGGAUCUUCCUAGAUUUUUCCCAUUCUUUUCAAACAAAGCAGUUUCCCUCCUCUCCCGACAAUUGGUCCCUUCUCGUCUAAAUCAUCUAACCAUAACGCAAUUCUCUCACUGCUCGACGGAACAACGUCGCUCUAAGCGGCCAUAA